CACAGAACAGACAGGACUGAGCUUACAACGGUUGUGAAAACUUGUUACAUUGAUUGUUGCAUUGACAGACAUGGGUAAUUUUGCGGGUAAGACUCCAGAUCCUCCUGCACCCAUAUUGAUAAACUGCUGGCGAAAUAUAGACUGGAAUACCCUAGACGCACUAAAGAAGAAUGUCCUGGGAUAUUCUACUGGGAAGGACAAAGUUCCAUUCGCGAAUAUCGCCAUGUUUGGUCGAGUCGGUGCUGGGAAGUCCAGUUUUUUCAAUACCAUUGACUCCAUUUGUAAAGGGAGGUUUGCGGCACGCUUUGAAACUGGCGAAAGUACAGGCAGCGUAACGAAAUGGUUCCGAAAAACACGUUUUGGCGGCAAUAAUGGCCCUGCAUUCUACAUAUGCGAUACAAUGGGAACGGAAGAGAACCAAGGUCUUGACGUAACAGAUUUCCCUUACAUCCUGGACGGUCACCUCUCGGACAAAUUCCAGUUCCCCCAUUGUGGUGUCACAGAAGAGUCGUCAGGCUUUGUACGGUCCCCAACGCUCGGUCAGAAGAUGCACUGCCUGUGUUAUAUCAUGGACUCUAGCAAAGUUGCCAUGAUCUCUCAUGACGCCAGGGCGAAAAUUGCACAGAUCAAGGAUCUUGCUAGUGCCAGAAACAUCCGCUUUGUCAUUCUGCUGACCAAAAUUGACCUGUUAUGCCCGGAAGUAGCCCGGGACACGAAGAACGCUUACCAGAGUCGCGCCGUGCGUAAGAUUGUAGAACAGGUCAGCUCUCUGACCGGCACCCCCAUCGGCUUUAUCUACCUACUCAAGAAUUAUGCAAGUGAGAAAGAUCUUGACCCCGCCAUGGACGCGUUGGCUCUGACAGCGCUUCAGCAGAUGUUAUGUUUCUGUGACGACAUCCUGGAAGAGUUAGAUGACGAAUAAGAUCAACCGUCGGCACUGUUCAAGAUCAGGGAUGUCCCUUUCAGACAUGAAAUACUGGCUCCGGAAUCACGAAGCGAUUUUAGACUUAAGUCGAAAUUUCAAUGAUUAAACUUGGUAUUUUCCUUGUCAAUAUUUUAGCUGAAAGUUGUAUUACAAUAAUUUACCCAGACGUUUACGUUGUGAAGAAAUAUUUUAACAUUGUUGCAUAAGAAAUAACUAUUUUAAAGUGAUUUGAAAUUUUUACUAAAAUCUAAGAUAUUAAACAGUGAUCUUUAGUA